AUGGAAAUCCCUCCAAAGAAACCUCACUUUUUCAAGCCUAUUUUGCCUGGUUUCAAGAAUGGUCUAAAAAUUCCUAUAGGUUUCUUGAAGUAUUUGAAGGGACAUGACCAUAUUGAACAUGCAACAUUGAGAAGGGCUGGUAAGAAGUGGUUGGUGAAGGCGAAUGGCCGGCGAUUAGAAGAGGGUAGUUGGAAAGAAUUUGUAGAGGAGCUUAAUUUGGAAUUGGGAGAUAUUUUACUGUUCAAACAUGAAGGAAAAAUGGAAUUUGAGGUUUCCAUCUUUGAUUCAAGUCAUUGUGAUAGAGAAUAUGAUGAGAAUGAGGAUGAGGAUGAGGAUGAGGACGAGGAAGGUGAUGAGGAUAAGGACAAAGAUGAGAAUGAAGACGAAGAUGACGAGGAUGAGAAUGAGGAGGAGCAAGAGGACGUGGACAAGGAAGGUGAAGAAGCAGCUACUCAUGACAAGCCUUUAGGUCAAUUUCAGUUUGAAUGCAUUAUUAGACAAUAUUGCCUUUCGAGAGGUUUCUUGGUAAGUCUCAAAACUCAUUUCACACAAUUUCUUCAAGAAUUUUCAUGCAGUAUGAACCUUUUUUUCAUUUGUUUUUUAUAUCUUUGUUAAUUGAAUAUAUAUGAAGAUUAUGAACUGUUUAAUGAUGUGUGUAAAUGGCUAUACACCAUGUCAGUGGAUUCCUAAACAUUUUGCAUUUGCAAACGGUCUCAUCAACGGCACCAAGAAGUGUGGUUUGAUUAUAAUUGAUGAAAGGCAAACAAGGUCGUGGAACUUAAUGCUAACUUCUAGCAAAACUCGAGUCUGGAUUAAUGGAGACGGAUGGCGUAAAUUCAGUGCUGAUAAUUGCUUAAAGGAGGGAGAUCAUAUAAUGUUUGAGAUCGUUACUAAAGUAGAGACACAAUUAUGGAAAUUUCGAGUUUUUAGGGAUGCAGACACUCCAAGAAGGAAGUU